UCUUCCAGAAGCAGAAUUGUUUCACGAAUUUGUGAUAUUUAUAUUUUUCUACUCAAUUAUUGCAUCAAAAGCGUGCGUUUCCUAAGCUGGCAGUACAUUAAUUAUUAGUUCAUAAAUUAAUUCCAUUGCUAUCGGUUGUAAACCGUUAUUUCGCACGAUAAUGUUAAUUGAGUAUGAGUGUUUGUGAUAAGCUUAUCAAUCCGCAUCAGGCGUCGCCGGCUCGCGCGGUGAGGACGUGUACACUACGCCCUGUGCUUUAAAUAUUUGACUCUUAUUCUACGGUAAAACAGACAAGAUGUCAGGAGAAGGUCCCAGCGGCGAUGGAAACAGGAAAGUGGCUCUUAUUACCGGCAUCACUGGACAGGACGGUUCCUACCUCGCCGAAUUCCUGAUCGAGAAAGGCUACACGGUCCACGGCAUCCUCAGACGCUCUUCCUCCUUCAACACUGGCCGUAUUCAGCACCUGUACGAGAGACCGGCUUGUCACACGGGAGGCGCCAUGCAUUUACAUUACGGUGACCUUACGGAUACAACCUGCUUGAUCAGCAUCAUUGUCAAGACUCGGCCAAAAGAGAUAUACAAUCUCGGAGCGCAGUCCCACGUAAAAGUGUCAUUUGAACUUAGCGAAUACACGGCCCAGGUGGACGCACUAGGUACCCUCCGACUAUUGGAAGCAGUAAGAGCCGCAGGUUUAGAAAAGGAGACGCGAAUCUACCAAGCGUCCACCUCGGAGUUGUAUGGCAAAGUUGUCGAAGUGCCUCAAUCAGAGAAAACACCAUUUUACCCACGAUCGCCGUAUGCGUGCGCAAAACUCUACGGCUACUGGAUAGUAAUAAACUAUCGCGAGGCCUACGGCAUGUUCGCCUGUAACGGCCUCCUCUUCAACCACGAGAGUCCCAGGCGAGGCGAGAAUUUCGUCACGAGAAAAAUCACGCGAGGCGUCGCGAAAAUAACUCUAGGACUCAUGGAGUAUAUCGAGCUUGGGAAUUUAGACUGUAAGAGGGAUUGGGGACAUGCCAAGGAUUAUGUCGAGGCAAUGUGGCUAAUGCUGCAACAAGACGAGCCCGAAGACUUCGUAGUAGCGACAGGCGAGACGCACAGCGUCCGAGAAUUCGUCGAGAAAGCGUUUGCGGUGGUCGGACGAACUGUUGUAUGGCGCGGUAGCGGCGUUGAUGAAACAGGGCACGACGCUAGCACCGAUCAGCUGCUGAUCAAAGUCAAUCCUAAGUAUUUCAGGCCUACUGAAGUGGACCUUCUCCUCGGCGACGCGUCCAAGGCUAAAGCCAAACUAGGCUGGUCCCCUCGCGUCUCCUUCCAAGAGUUGGUUCAGGACAUGGUGCAAGCGGACCUGGCCCUCAUGAGCAAGGACCCGGAGGCGUAGAAAACUGGGCCGUCCAAAGUAUGUGCCCCGCAUAGACGUUGAUUCCAUCGUCUCUCAGCAUCAGAGCUGUGCAGCGUAAUGUCUGGUAAUGCUUUUAUUUUCAAUUAUACGUACAAAAGGAAGACUGUUGAAUGCCUUGGACACAGUAUAAGACCAGUAGUAACUCUAACAAACGUACAGCGCGAGGUAUGUACCUAUGUACACUUUACACUUGUUUCCAUUUUAAUGUUAUAGAAAUCGUUAUU